AAAGCGAAAACGUAAAUUUUGGCUAUUCGCAAUUGAGUCAAAAUAAAACGCGAGGAAGCGAACCAACCAGAUUUGCUGCAUCCCAACAUAGGGGCGAAGCAUUUUAUGCCAUUUCGCGUAAAUUGUACGUUCGUACGUGAAGAGAAAGCUCCCCCAGGAAGCGUCAACCCCGCCGCGACCCUCCGCCAGCACGUGUGUGUGUAUACGCGCGUAGAUAUUUGUAUAAUAGCAUAGAUACGCACAUCCCCCCGAGCGCACACCGUGCCCGCCAAGCAGCCAAGCAACCAAGCAGCUAACCAACCAAGCAGCCAACUCCCCUUCCGCCGCCAACUCGCCCCCCCGCCAACUCGCCCCCCCGCCAACAUGUAUAACAACCAGAAUGGAAAGGCAGUCCCCGGAACCAACGGGGGCCAGAGCUACGGAGCUGUGUACAACCACGGCGCUUCCUAUAACUACAGUUAUGGACAGGGAAAAGGAAACAAUGACCAAAAGGGAUACUACUAUGAUGCACCCGCAAGGGCCACAGCAGCCAAUGGAGGGCUGUACGACGAGUUCUCCCUGAACGAAUUCUCCUCCACCAAGAUAAGACAUGGCUUUAUUAGAAAAGUAUAUUCCAUCCUGUCCAUCCAGCUCUUGAUGACUUUUGGCUCUUCAGCAUUGGCAGUUCUGUACCAACCAUUUAAUACGUUUAUAGUGGCCAACUACACCCUGUUAUUUAUCCUCGGUAUUAUUUUAAGCUUACCCAUAAUGAUAGCCUUGGCUUGUUCCCCCAAUAUGGCCAGAAAGUACCCAAGCAAUUAUUUCCUCCUUCUUCUAAUAACCGUUGGUAUGACCCUAAUUGUGACGUUAGCAAGUGCCAGAACAAACUCGGAAAUAUUUUUUUAUGCCUUUGGGACAACGUCUGUUGUGGUGGUAGGGUUAACCAUCUUUGCUUUUCAAACCAAAUGGGAUUUCACCGGAUGGUACGUGUACCUCUUUAUGGCCUUCUUAAUACUAAUGGUGCUAGGCAUUGUAGGCAUUUUUGUGCGCAGCAAAGUCUUUAACUUAGUGUUUGCAGGAAUUAGCGCCUUCCUCUUGUCCGUUUCGAUCAUCGUGGACACGCAACUCAUUAUUGGUGGAAAGCACAAGAAGUAUGAGUUCUCCGUUGAUGACUACAUUUUCGCCACCUUGGCCCUGUACAUGGACAUAAUUAAUUUGUUUCUCUCCAUCUUGUCCAUUUUUUCCAACGCUGAUUGA